AUGGAGUUUUACGAUUACGCAAGCGGCUCCAUGUCAAAUGGCUGUGGAUUUUUGACAAUUACAUUUCAUCGAAAUCCAUUUGGUCGAAAAUUUUUGAUAGUGCGGCAUUUGGCCCCAAAAAUAACGGUUUUUUUUCGGUCAAAUGUCUCACUAUCAAAAAAUUUUCGAUCAAUUUUCGGCCAAAAAAUUUUCCGUGAAAUGGGACACUAUCAAAAAGGCAAAGCCAUUUGGCCUGCACCCUACGCAAGAUGCUUUGACUCUUGCGGAAAAUAA